GUCAACGUGCUGAGCUGAUCUAAAGCGGAGCUGUCAGAGAGGCAGAGAGCCCGAUCCAGCUGCUGCAUUCAGACGCGGUGGAUGGGCUCAGAUGCCCGGUCUUCGUCGGGGCUUGACUUCAGUCGGACAGUAGUCGUUUUCUUUUAGUAUUUAGGCGUUUUUUGAUUAGUUACGUUCGCACGGAGAGAUUCGUAAGUGGUCGUUCCAUAAUAACGUUUGUUAACGGGUUUCCGCCAUGAUUUAAAUGAGGCGACACACCUUUUUUAUAUCGGCGUGGUGUAAAAUAGGCUAUCUGCGUUCUGAAUCUGUGCAUCAGUUUACUUUUUAAUUACAUUUCACGUUUAGUCUCACCAUGGACGCGGAUAUCAUUCAUUUGAGCUUUUUGGAUUCUCUGCCGGGCGAGCUUAAGAUUUAACGUUAGUUUGCAAAGCUGUGCGUGUGUGAAUGAGCUGUAGCUCACACAUCCAGCCAACUGUAACCUUCAAGCUAACGUCAAUGACGGCUAGCAGUUAGCUGGCGGGAUUUUCUGAGAGUUUUUCACCGUUCGUCAGCUGUGCGUUUGCAGAGGGAUGCAGAUGCAUGAACGCGAUGCAUUAAAUAACGAAAGGGACAAACUGCAUGUCGAGAUCCGGCGGAGCGCUGCUGAUUCUGAACAGCUCGUGACAAGACAUCGCUAUAGUGCCACGCGCGGAGAGGGAUUACACUCGUCCGAGCCUGCUCGCUAAACAUGGCCUCUGCAGCCAGCAACCUCGCUGCAUCCAUCGCCAGCAAAACCAAAACCAAGAAGAAGCAUUUCGUGUCUCAGAAGGUGAAGCUGUUUCGGGCCAGCGACCCGCUGCUCAGCGUCUUGAUGUGGGGAGUGAACCACUCGAUAAAUGAACUCAGUCACAUCCAGAUUCCUGUUAUGCUGAUGCCUGAUGACUUCAAAGCCAACUCAAAGAUCAAGGUGGACAACCACCUCUUCAACAAAGAGAACAUGCCAAGCCAUUUCAAGUUUAAGGAGUACUGUCCCCUAGUCUUCCGCAAUCUGAGGGAGCGAUUCUCUAUUGAUGAUCAGGAAUAUCAGAACUCUCUGACACGCAGGGCCCCAAUUCCCAGUGACGCUCAGGGCCGUAGUGGAGCUCGUUUCCACACUUCAUACAACAAGAGGUACGUCAUCAAGAUCAUCACCAGCGAGGACGUGGCCGAGAUGCACAACAUUCUGAAGAAGUACCACCAGUAUAUAGUUGAGUGCCAUGGAAACACGCUGCUCCCUCAGUUUCUGGGCAUGUAUCGCCUCACAGUGGAUGGAGAUGAGACCUACAUGAUCGUUACUCGUAAUGUCUUCAGUCACCGGCUGCCUGUUUACAAAAAAUAUGACCUGAAGGGAUCAACAGUGGCAAGAGAGGCUACCGACAGAGAAAAGCCACGUCCACCUGAGGAGGCUCCGUCCAAAUCACGCAUGAGCCAAAAGCUACAAACCAUCCGGAUUGCCACACGCUUUUACUGCGCCAUAAGACACACCAAGGAGCUUCCAACUUACAAAGACAAUGACUUCAUCAAUGACGGCCAGAAAAUCAUCAUAGAUGAGGAGAACAAGAAAAUGUUCCUGGAAAAACUGAAGAAUGACGUAGAGUUCCUGGCCCAGCUGAAGCUGAUGGACUACAGUCUGCUGGUGGGGAUCCAUGAUGUGGAGCGAGGGGAGCAGGAACAGCCCGAGGAGGAGAGUGAAGACAAUGACGCUGGGGAGGAGGAGGGGACGGAGAGUGAUGGAGGGGCCACUGGCUCCCCACCAGACAGCCCCAGUAACACACUAGACAGCAACAGACCCCUGGGCCCGGGAGAGUUUGACCCCGUCAUUGAUGUAUAUGCCAUCAAAAGCCAUGAAAAUGCUCCUAAAAAAGAAAUCUACUUCAUGGCAGUGAUCGACAUUCUUACUCCAUAUGAUGCCAAGAAGAAAGCAGCCCACGCAGCUAAGACAGUCAAACAUGGGGCAGGGGCAGAGAUCUCAACGGUCAACCCCGAGCAAUAUUCAAAGCGUUUUUAUGAUUUCAUCACCACUAUUCUGUCCUAACUGCUGCCUGAGGCUGGAAUGAGGCGGAGUAACAGGUGGUCACAUAUGAUCUCAUAUCCUGGGAGAGGUUUUGCUGUGUGUAACGGAUCCAGUGUCUCUCUCCCACUUGUCACAAGAUCACGUCUGAGAUCUGUCAAGAUCUUUUUUUUUUUUUUUUUUUACAAUGUCUUUUUCUUCUCUGUUGGUUUUUUUGGUAGGUUUAUGGCUCCAUGUGGUUGUUAAGGCAUACAUGAUGUGAUAUAGUCAUGCAUAUAUAGCGUUCUGUAUACUUUUGUGUUAGAUAUUGUUGACUGAGAAACCGCGUGUUAUUGUUUGUGCCCAGCUACGUGGUAUGAUUAUCAUACUGGAAUUCUUAAAGCUGCUUAUAUAUUUAUUGUCUUUAUGUUCUUUGCUGAGAUAAAUUCAUUGCUCUCAAAGGAAUAGUUCACCUAAAAAUGUAAAUUAGCUGAAAAUGUACUCACCCUCAGACCAUACAAGAUGGAACUGAGUAAGUCUCUUCAUAUGAACCGAUUUGGAGAAAUGUAGCAUUACAUCACUUGCUCACGAAUGAAUCCUCUGCAGUGAAUGGGUGCCGUCAGAAUGAGAGUUCAAACAGCUGAUAAAAAACAUCACAAACUUGUCUUGUAUAGCAAAAGAUGCAUGUUUGUAAUAAAUUCAUCAAGGCAUUUUCAACUUCAGUUAACUGGAGUCUUGUGGAUUGUUGUGAUGUUUUUAUCAGCUGUUUGGACUCUCAUUCUGACGGCACCCGUUCACUGCAGAAGAUCCAUCGGUGAGCAAUUUCUCCAAAUCUGUUUUGAUAAAGAAACAAACUCAUCUACAUCUCGGAUGGUCUGAGACACAAGUACAUUUUCAUCAAGUUUAAAUUUGUCAUUUUUAAGUGAACUAUUCCUUUAAUUUAAAAAAAAAGUCCAGUUUUAAAUAAUGAAAAUAUAUUUCAAUUUAUUAAAUAAAUUUAGCCCUGAACAAAUAUGACCAGAGUUAAAAAUAAAUUGGAACAUAAUUGUUUGAAAGUGUUUAAUGCACUAUCGCUCUUUAGCUGCAGGCAGUACCUUUAAAUUAAAUCUGUUUACAAAGUGUAUGUAACAGUGCAAAAGAAUGCACCUUCAGGACCAGUUACUGCAUUUAUAGUUCAAAUCCAAUCAGCAAAUUGGAUUUAGAUGUUCUGCCUGUUGUGCAUUGUAAAGUCUUGCACAGGAGCUCAAUAUUUGCAAUUGGCUCUGAUAAUCAUGUUUAGUAUAACUCGACUGUUUUUGCACAUGAUCGAAUGCACCAAAACAUUUAUGCAAAUGAUUCCAGUUUUACCACUGACUCGCGGAGGGUCAUGCAAUAGUAGUGAUUCGUAGAAUGUUAAAGCACCUAAUGGGUUACAUGUGCGUUGCCACUUUUGUAUCCCUAGUGAAAGAACAAAACAUUGCCUGUUUUAUGUUGUUGUAUGAAAAUGAAGCAUAUUUUGUACCUACCUUUUUUUUUUUUUUUUUUUACAGUAAUAAUUCGCAGGUUUACAGUUGGCCGUUCUCUUGAAAAUGCAGUUGUGCUGGCGCUAUAUUGAUGCUUGAAUCUGUGUAUAGUGUUUCAGCUGCACUGUAAAGAGCGAGAGAAUGCUGCCUCUUACUAUUCUUAUCUCUCUCUCUCUCAUCAUUGUCAAAUCUUUGUGUGAUCCCAGAGACCUUUAGUAUUAUAAACUAACUAGAUAUUGUGAUAUGUCUUCUUCUGAAAUAUCGUUUGCAAAGUAAUCCUAAAUAUUCUACUGUAUGUGUUGACAUAUAUACACUGUGCGAGGGUGUGCCUUUUUUACUCUGAAUUAUUUAAUUUUGUAUUUGAAUCAUUUUUUUUAAAAGAGACGCUUGAAAAAUGUUAUUUUCUAAAAAGGGAAAGGAGAACAGGACGAAUCCUAAGGUGGUUUUGCUGUUCCUCUGUAGAUGUGUAAAUAUGCGAGUGUAUUAUGUGUUUGCAAUAUUAUGACAAUGUUGCAGUCCUAACAUUACAAAAACUUAGAGAGUUCCCCUAAUUUACUAAUUUGAUUCCUAUAUUGUCAUUAUAAUUGAAGUUAUGUUUUGUUACAAUUACUAAUUAGAUAAUAAGCAAUGUCAGGUCUUGUUUUGGGUACAGUUUCCAGUGGAAGAGUUCGAUGUCUGUACAGCAGAAAAAGCCACUUCUAUGAGCUUUUGGGGAAAAAUGACUUCACUUUGUCUCAAAUUGUAUAGAGUUAUGAUCUCUUUUGUGUUGUAAUUUGGAAAAACAUGCGUCCAUGUUGAUGGUACAGUGUGAGUUUGAUACUUUCAUGUUUGAGGAAGAGAAAAAAGCUUUGAAGGAAUUGUGAGCUCUUUUAAAUAUGCGGUCAAAGGAAGAUAUUAUCACUUGUCAGUCUACUUGUCAUAACCGUUAUCUACGUCAUGCAAGUGUCCAGCUCUUGUGUGUGUGUGUGCUGUAGGCCCAAAAUAUGUAAAAGCACUCUGUCCCAUAAGCAUUGCUCAAUAAAACGAUGCAUUGCUCAGCUUGA